AUGAGGUCGGCAAUAAGAGGCUCGAUCAGCGGUCCCACGAGUGUACAUCCGGCACGGCCACGAGUAGGUACAGAUGCGAGCAAUCUGUCUGUGCCAUCGCUGCAACCGAGCGUUACAGGCGCCAACGGGACAUCCCCGCGCCUGCGAGCUGGAUCCAUCGUGGACAGUGUAAUACCCGCAUACAACUUGGACGAAGAGAAGCCGAUUGCAUCCGGCAAUGGCGUAAGCAUAGGUGUCCACCUGGCAGAGCCUGUGCUGUUCUUGCAAGGCUUCGAGAACACCGAGAACUCUCCAGGCAACACCGCCAUGCUGCGAGGCAGCUUACAUCUGCGGGUCCAGAAGAGUGCAAAGAUAAAAGCGGUCACUCUCAAAUUCAAGGGCAAAUCGAUUACCAAGUGGCCCGAAGGCAUACCGCCGCGCAAGGUGGAGUUUGACGAAACCGAUACGAUCAUGAGCCACACCUGGCCAUUCUUCAAUGCACAGUUUGAAAGUGCCGAGAAGGGCACCAAUGCCGAUCAUGUGCAGCUGCACAAGGGACCAGAUGGUGCUUCGACGACGGUCACAAGACUUGACGGCUUAUCCCCGAACAAUUCGCAGGUCAAUCUCAGCACAAAGGAGGCUCGGAAACUCGCACUUUCAGUCAAUCAAUCUCGCAGCUUUGGAAAAGGCGACCCACCACCUGGGGGGCCUGGAGUAGCAGCGAAAGGCUAUCGCACGUUCUUGCCUGGCGACUACGUCUACAACUUCGAACUCCCGCUCGACAGCAGAUUACCAGAGACGAUCGACGUGGAGCUUGGCUCAGUGAGAUACGAGCUUGAAGCGACUGUUGAGCGAUCGGGAGCCUUCCGAGCAAAUAUUGCUGGCUCCAAGGAGGUGACGCUCAUUCGAGCCCCCGCAGAAGGAUCACUUGAGCAAGUCGAGCCUAUCGCAAUCAGUCGAAACUGGGAGGACCAGCUCCAUUACGAUAUCGUUAUAUCUGGAAAGAGCUUCCCGCUGGGCAGUCAAGUACCCAUUGCGUUCAAGUUGACGCCGUUGGCGAAAGUGCAGUGUCAUCGGAUCAAAGUCAUGGUCACGGAGAACAUCGAGUACUUCUGCUCGAACAAGCGGGUGCAUCGCAUGGAGCCGACGAGGAAAGUUCAGCUCUUCGAAAAGCGGGCGGAUGGUCCACCGACGAGCACCUUUCCGGGCAGUACGAUGCGAGUUACGGCUGGCGGUGGCAUACCGUAUGAUAUGCGAGCGAGAGCAGCAUCGGGAGAGGACGUGGUUCCCACUGACACUACUAAUCUGCUGGGUAAUCUUGACGGCGACACGGUUGGUCCUACUGAGAUGGAGUUCAGCGUCCAGCUUCCGAGCUGUCAUACGAUGAAGGAUCGGGAUCGAGGGCAGAAGCUGCACUUUGAUACGACGUAUCAGAAUAUUCAGGUGCAUCAUUGGAUCAAGAUUGUCAUGCGAUUGUCGAAACCUGACGCAGCCGAUCCCAGCAAACGAAGACACUUUGAGAUCUCCAUCGACUCGCCCUUCCACAUCCUUUCCUGCCGCGCAACCCAAGCCAACAUCUCCCUGCCCGCCUACAGCUCCCCCGAAGGCACCAACCCAUCCGCUCUCUACGACUGUGGCUGCCCCGGCGCAGCACGACGCCGCAACUCCCCCACCUCUUUCGUCCCGACCCUCAACUCGCUCAACGCCAGCCGCACCGGCGACACCGACCGGCCAAACACACCAACCCUCCAGUCCCCCGGCCUCGCUCGACCGCCCACCGCCCACCUCAGCGGCCAACAAAACCAACAACAACGACCGCAAAGUACACAACAGAAUUCACGACCCAUCCACCUCCUCCGAGCACCUUCCUUCAACCCUCCGCCUUUCGAGGAGAACGACCCACCUCCGCCUCUGGUUACGCCGCCGCCACAAUACGACGAUAUCGCAUCACCUACGAACGGACUAGCGGACUACUUUGCACGAUUAAGCGAUGCCUACGAUGAAGAUGACACCGACGAUGCACACCAUGCUGGACGGGUCAAUGUACCGCUUACGCCUGGCGGCAGGAUUCAUCGGAGUAUGGAUGUGCCGCGGAGUCCGAUUCAGUUGAACGACACGCCCUUCUUCGCACGGCUGCGGUGA